AUGACCAGUUCAAUCGACGUGAACGAGGAGUACAGGAAGGCCCUCCGGACGAGGUCCUACGUCGAAGUCUGGACAAAAAUCCACCGUCACCUGCGACGCAGCGCCACCGCCCCUUCGCCGCCGUCAACGCCAACUGCAUUUACGAUAGAGGACGACCACGCCGCCACCACCGGCAACUCCCUCGCAGGCUCCGAAACAUCAACCUCGUCCUUCCAAUUAUCCUGCUAUUCCCACCUCUCGAGCUACCUUCUGAAGCCCAACAACCAGGAGGUUUUACUCGCCGGGGUGCCUGACCCCGAGCUCCGCGCCAUCUUACUCGACUACUUUACCGCCGGCGAGGUGGCCUGCAACAUUUGCGUCUCUCUCCUCGGCUCCAUCGACCGGCUCCGCCGAGACCAUCGCAUCAUACAGAGGUUUCUCAACGACAGCAGCGCCACAGCCGUCGACUGUGCCGACCUCGCCUCCUACGCGGAGUUUGAGAACCCUCUCUACUCUGUCAACUUUAACCGGAUCCACCACCUUUACGACUCUCUCAUCCGGAGGCUAAACCUCGCCGGCGACAGCUUCGCGCGCCGCGCGCGUCUGCUCCGCCGCGCCAAGACGGCCUCCGGAGCCGCCUUGGUAGUUGCAUGCGGGGUCUUGGCGGCGGCAGCGCUGGCGGUCGCGGCGCACGCGGCGGUCGCCGUGGCGGUGGCGGGGGGCCCGGCCUUGGUGGCUCCCCUCUCGGCGCGGCUCAGGCGGAGGAUGGGGACUUUGCGGUCCGGUCGCCUGGCGAGGCUGCUGGCGCAGGUGGAGGCGGCGGCUCGGGGGGCGUACAUCAUGAACCGGGACAUGGAGACGAUGAGCAGGAUGGCGGAGCGGCUGCAGGAUGAGGUGGAUCACGGGAAGGCGGUGGUGAGGCUGUUCCUGCGGAGCAGGGAGGCGUGGGUGUUGAGGGAGGCCGUCGGCGGUCGUGCCGGCGGCGGGGAGGGCGGAUAUCUGGAGCGAGUGGAUGAGCUGGAAGAACAUGUUUACUGGUGCCUGCUCACCAUCAACCGGACUCGGGCCCUUCUUGCCCAAGAAAUAGUGGUCGGUGCUUCUCCGACACCAGCACCGACAACAUAG